AUGCAUGAAAUUGACGUGGCAAUGGCUCGCAGUCUGCGGCCAACUACCUGGGAGGCUAUAACCCACGUCUUCGCGAGACAUUUGGUCGCCCAAGCCCACAAGCGCGACAUUGUUGGUGAUGCGCAGCAAAAGGUUGGCGACGUCAAGACGGCCUUUUCUAGCUGGGACAACUGUAUGCAGGCUGCUUACUGCAAGUGGCCCGUCAUCGCAAUCAUAAUCAUCGGCAGUCUCAUCAUACUCUCGAUUCUCUGGUGCAUUGUCCGUUGCGCCUGCUGCGCUAAAUCAUGCUGUUGCGGCUGCUUCUCAUGCCUCAAGUGCUGCGGCAACUGCUGCGGCUGUUGCGAUCCUCCUGGUGGCCGCAAACACAAAUACCUCGACGAGCCGUAUAUUCCGCCCCAUCACGGCUACCAGCAGCAGGCUCCUAUGCAGCCCUCCUUCCACCCGCCUCCUCCUCAGCACCACGAGACGCCGCAGUAUGCUACCUUUGAUACGUCCAAGAACCAAGACUCCUUGCCACAAAUGCCCAGCUGGGAAGGCGCUAGUUCUAAAAAGGUCAUGAUCGAGGAGCAAGAUGACGCUGUCGAAAUGAAUCAGCUCAAGAAGCCAGCAAAUGACCCGCGUACGGGCAUUCCCGCUGGCGCUGUCAGCCCCAUGACUCCUGCCGACAGCCACGGUCCCUACAAUCCGCCCAAUCGUGGUCCUCCUAGCCGCGGGCCCGGCGGACCCGGCAGGCCCGGUGGCCCUGGCGGCCCUGGACGAGGCUACAUGGCGAAUAAUAUCGCUGCAAGCUCUAGUGGAUAUGGUAAUCGACCCGUCAGUCCCCUCAACGAACCAGGAUAUGGUAACAACGGCUACAACCAAGUCGGCCUUGGUGGCCCUGGUGGCCCUGGUGGUCAUGGUAAUAAUGGCUAUAUGAAUGCUUAUAACCAAGGCCCUGGUCAGAAUUACAAUUCGCACCACGAUUACAACAACGGCCGUGUGCUAGAUGGCUAUGGCCUGGACCAGCCGUACGACUCGCCUGACGCGAAUGCUGGCAGUCAUACUGGUGGCCAUUCCGGUGCAGCCAUGGCCGGCGCAGGAUUAGCUGGGGGACUGGCCGGUGCCGCCCUAGCCGCUGGCGCUAUUCGCCAUCAAUCUCCUGCGCCCGGAUCACGCAGCUACGGCACACCUCAGCAGCAGCCAGUAUCACCGUAUACUGAUCUCUCUGCCGCGCCCAAUUCUUUGAAGUCACCACCAGGUGGUGGCUAUGUCGAGAUGCCUGACGAGCCCCGGCGCAGGGAGGAGCCCCAAGUCAACGUCCAUGCUGCUUUUGCUGAAAUGUCUGCCGUGCCCACAACCAAGAGUCCCGUGCAUGAGGAGCUCAAGAAGGAGCCGGAGCCUAUUGCGUACGAGAUGGCUACUGAUCAGGUAGCCCCAAUCGAGCUCGAUGGUGGAUAUGUUGGACCAAUUCAGCCAAACCACACUCAAAGCUCGCCCUAUGCAAUGAGCGCUGAGCUCGCUGCUCAGCCUGCCACCCGCAGCCCGACUGCCCGAAGUCUGGCGACCCAGACUCACCAUGACGCCCCUGAAGUUUAUGACCCUCAGCGAUCACCACUCGGAGGCGCAGCCGCUAGUGGCGCCGCUGCUGGGCAGUACGGGCAGUAUGGCCAAUCUGCUCGCCAAGACGGCAUGAACACCAGAUCGGGUCCCGAGGGCUACGGAAUGCGACGUCAGCGUACCGGCGAUAACGGAGCGCCCUCUCCCAUGGGCCCUCAGCCACCAUAUGGCAUGGAUCCUCGCAUGAGACAGUCGCCUGGUCCCAUGUCUCCCAGAUCGCCAGGUCCUCGCAGCUCCCCCGGCCCCGGUGCCGGACCCCGACGCGCACCCGGCUCGCGACCCGACCAACACUUGAACACUUCACCUCUCAACACACCAGCGCCCAACGAAAGCCCGUACAACCGUCCCGGCUUUAACCAGGGCCCUGGUCCCCACCGCGCGUACUCGCCUGCCCCGCGCCAACCGCGCAGUCCCGACCACAAUGUGCCGGUCGGCCGGCCCAAUGGCCAGACCGCCUUUGCUGAGCCCCAGCCGCAGUCUCCCAUUACAAACAAUGCCGGGUUUGAUUUUACCUCGGGCUUCGCGCGACCGCAGACCAGCAACAGCGAGCGCCGCCAGCCGCAGCAGCAGCAACAAGGCUAUCAGGAAAAGCCCCGGCCGUACAAUAACCAGGCACAAGGUGGCUGGAACGGGUACUAA